UCAGAGAGGCUGGGUUGUAAUUAAGAAAUACAUCUCUCCCGAUUUAAAAAGCAAUCAGACCCCACGUGUAGACUCUUAAUCUCAGGUUAGCCAAAUUACAUUCUCAAGACACUUCACAUCUUGCACAAUUUUUAAUAUAGACAGAUAUAUCUAACAUUUUUAUAUAAAUAUUGAUAUUUAGGAAGGGUUACUGAUUAGUACUAUUUAGAUGUAGUGUUUUGAAGUCAUAUGUAGAUCACUUGAACAUAAAUCUUCCAUGUCUUCAGCUAACAAGCUCAUGAUGAUGUCGCAAAGCCGCCAUUUUAGCUCUCUUCUCACCGUUCUUAUUUUUAUUUGCUUGGUCUGUACAGUCUCUGCUUCUCCUUCUCUGCACCCAGAUGAAGUGAAAGCCCUCAAGGAUAUUGCAUCCACACUCGGUGUCAAGCACCUGAACCUAAGUGAAGAUCCAUGUCUCACAAAGACUCUGGUGAUAACUCAAGAUGUCCUCAAAGAAGGACAUAACAGCACAAUCAGAUGUGACUGUCAUUUUAACAACAACAAAACUUGUCAUAUCACACACUUUAUCCUUAAGAAAUUCAGUCUUCCGGGUAGACUUCCACCAGAACUCUCAAAACUUCAUUAUCUUGAAUCGAUUGACUUAUGCCUUAAUUAUCUUUACGGCUCAAUUCCUAUGGAAUGGGCCUCACUGCCUUACCUCACAUCUAUCUCUGUUUGUGCGAAUCAAUUAUCAGGAGACAUUCCCAAAGGACUGGGGAAGUUUAUUAACCUCACCCAAUUAAUUCUGGAAGCCAACCAAUUCUCUGGAAUUAUCCCUAAGGAACUUGGGAACCUGGUUAACUUAGAAGGAUUAGCACUCUCUUCUAAUCAAUUAGUUGGAAGCGUACCCGAGACAUUAGGAAGACUAAAAAAUCUGAAAAAUCUCCGUUUUAGCGAUAAUCAGCUUAACGGAUCCAUCCCACAGUUUAUAGGAGACUUAUCUAAACUUAAAAGACUAGAACUCUAUGCCAGUGGCCUUAGAGAACCUAUUCCAGACUCCAUUUUCCGUCUAGAAAAUUUGAUAGACCUGAGGAUCAGUGACACAACUGCUGGAUUGGGACAGUUUCCAAAUAUAAUUAGCAAGAACCUGAAAUAUUUGGUUCUCAGAAACUUGAACUUAACAGGACCUAUCCCAACAACUAUCUGGGAUCUUCCUUCCCAAUCUCAUGGCUUUGUAAGUUUCAUCGAUCUUUCCUUUAAUAGACUGACUGGAGAAAUACCAGCCAAUGCAGUUGCGCCGAAAUAUACAUAUUUGGCUGGAAAUUUGUUGUCAGGAAAAAUUGAAUCAGGACCUUUCCUUACUGCAAGCACCAAUAUUGAUCUUUCUUAUAAUAACUUCACAUGGUCUCCAAGCUGCAGAGAGAAGACGAAUGUAAACACAUACGAAAGCUCGCAGUCAAGAAACAGACUAACCAGACUGCUUCCAUGUUCUGCCAUAAGCCAGUGUCAAAAUUAUAGUAAAUCGCUUCAUAUAAACUGUGGAGGACCUGAUGUAACUAUCGAAAACUCUCGAGGAAGGUUUUUAUAUGAGGGUGAUAACUAUGGACUAACCGGUUCAGCUAUGAACUAUCAUGGGAAAAACUGGGGAUUCAGCAAUACUGGUGACUUUAUGGAUGAUGCAAUAACAGAAGAUGCAUACUCAAUUUCAUCAGAAUCUGCAAAAUAUCCUGAGCUAUACCAGACAGCUCAACGUUCUCCCCUGAGUCUGGCUUACUUUGCGUUUUGUUUUGAAAAUGGAAGCUACAAUGUGAAACUCCAUUUUGCGGAGAUUCAAUUCUCAGAUGAGGAACCAUAUGCUAGGCUAGCCAAACGCUUCUUUAACAUUUACGUUCAGGGGAAGUUGAUUUGGGAGGAUUUCAACAUAAGAGAAGAGGCUAAUGGAACUCACAAGGAAGUUAUAAAAGAAGUGAACACGACCGUGACUGAUAACACUUUAGAGAUACGGCUUUACUGGGCAGGGAAAGGCACAACCAUCAUUCCUAAAAGAGGGAACUAUGGCUCUCUCAUAUCUGCAAUCUCAGUCUGUCCCAGUUCUGAAUCUGAAUGUGGCGUUGAAGUGACGACUUCUCCAGUCACAAAAGAACACAAACCAAGAACGUAUCCUCUCAUUCUCGGAAUAGCAGCCUUGAUACUUUCUCUGGUUUUCAUGAUUUUCGGCGCCUUCUACUGGAAGAAAUGUGUUAGAAAUGCAGAUGCAGGAAAGAGAGGUUCCUUCAGUUUGAAGCAACUAAAAGUUGCAACUGACAAUUUUGAUCCAUUAAACAAGAUUGGAGAAGGCGGCUUUGGAUCUGUUUAUAAGGGGAGAUUACCAGAUGGAACAUUGAUAGCGGUAAAGAAGCUAUCUUCAAAAUCAUGUCAAGGUAACAAGGAGUUUGUAAACGAGAUAGGUAUGAUCGCCUGCCUGCAGCAUCCAAAUCUUGUGAAGCUCUAUGGAUGCUGUUGUGAGAAUAAUCAGCUUCUUCUUGUCUAUGAGUACUUGGAGAACAAUUGUCUUGCUGAUGCAUUAUUUGGAAGAAGCGGUCUAAAACUAGAAUGGGGAACAAGACACAAAAUAUGCGUAGGAAUCGCGAGAGGGCUUGCUUUUCUUCAUGAAGAUUCAGCUGUUAAGAUCAUUCACAGAGACAUCAAAGGGACAAAUGUACUGCUAGACAAGGAUCUGAACUCAAAGAUUUCGGAUUUCGGGUUGGCUAGGCUUCAUGAAGACGAGAAGAGCCACAUUACCACCAGAGUUGCAGGAACAAUAGGCUACAUGGCUCCUGAAUAUGCAAUGAGGGGUUACCUAACAGAAAAGGCAGAUGUUUACAGCUUCGGUGUGGUGGCCAUGGAGAUCGUUAGCGGAAAGAGCAAUGCCAAUUACACACCAGAUAACGAAUGUUGCGUUGGUCUUCUCGAUUGGGCGUUUGUUUUACAGAAGAAAGGAGCCUUCUCUGAGAUUCUGGAUCCGAAGCUUGAGGGAGUGUUCGGUGGGAUGGAGGCAGAGAGAAUGAUAAAGGUGUCGCUUCUAUGUUCCAACAAGUCUCCGACCUUAAGACCAACCAUGUCGGAAGUUGUGAAGAUGCUUGAAGGCGAAACAGAGAUAGAACAAAUCAUCUCAGACCCUGGAGUGUAUGGAGAUGAACUAAGGUUUAAGCAAUCGUCAGAGAUCGUGACAAUUCCUUCGUCUUGUGAAUCUGCUUACGACCUGUACCCUUUUAGUCCAGAGUCCAUUGCUGUCUCUAGACAGUAGUUUAAACAGAGCUUCGAAUCUACGAUGAACCACUCAGACACAAUCACUGAAUCACACUUGGUAAGAUUGUGGAUACUGACACUUGAUUAGUUGGGAAUAAAGUGUUGUCGAAAAAUCAAAACCCAAAAGAUAGUAAAACUUUUGUAUUCACAACCGGUCAACUUCUCCAGUUUUCAAAUGUUGAUAAACAAGCCAAGAAUCGGUUAAAUCAUCUAUGUGCAAACAUCUAACAUAGUUUCGCCAAGAUUACUACUCUACCAUGCAAGUUAGGAGAAGUAACUAUUAUGUUGGAUCAUGUAUUUGACUUCUACGUACGUGGUAAACUAUAUAAAUAUUUUAACCAAAAAAAAACUAUAUAAAUAUGUGCUGAUAUCUCUAUUUGUAUAGUUUCUGCACAAGUUGACUUUUGUGUCUUUGUAGAAUUUUUGGGUGAGAAUUGAUAAAUAUAAUAUCUACGGUCAAAGAAAUAAGGUGGUAAAUUUAGAAAUGGCCUAUUUAGGCCACAACCCACAAUGUCUAUAAUCGAGCAAGUAAUUAGGUGAUCAUGCACGAAUGAUAUGUAUUUUCAUAAUCGGAUAUCGAAGGGUGUUGAAUUUACUUUCAUGUCCAAGAGAAGUGAGAGGGUUGUCAGAAGACGAAUCUAGUGGCAGAUUUUAGUUAAUUGUACUAUAUGAUGUAAUUGCCAGAGAGUGACAGAUUGUGACUGAGUGGAGUUUACAUAGGUACUAUUUAGUAGAGGUUUAGGCUAGACAAGAAUUAUAUGUUUACUAUUGUUCCGUUCAAUCUACUUGUUCCGCUAGAUCCGCAACGAUUGAUCCGCUUUUUCCAUUCGGAACCUAUGGCUGAGAAUAUAAUUGAUGGAAGAACUGCAUUGUGUGUAUCAUCCACUAUACUCUUACCAUUCAGCAAAAAUAUGAUCAAUUUAUGUGUAAAAAGUGGCUCGAUCACUUUUUUAAAAAACGUUUUUUUUUUGUUCUUGUUUUAAGAACCACAAGUGGUUCAUUUCAUCAACUCCCAUUUAGGAGUAGUUCAAAUUUAUCCACUAAUAAUAAAUACAAUAAUAUUGUUUAGUAAUUCAUAUAUAUAUGCAACUUAUUUUAACUAUUAAUUUCUAGACUUAGCUUUAUUAUAUACACAGGAUCAUUAUAUUUCAUUAUAUUAUUUUGGCUAUAUAUAUAUAUAUAUAUAUAUAUAUAUAUAUAUAUCUUAUUAUUUAAAAUAAUAUUUUUGAUAAUGUAAUAUUUACUUUGAUUUUUUUUUAAAUAUUUUUAAGUUGGUGAGUUGGUUAAUAUUAAGUUACUGUAUUCUACUUAUUCAUAUCAUAUAUAAUUUAUAGUUUAUUAAAUCUUAUAGUAUAAAAUAAAUAGCCUGUACAUAUUUAUCUUAAAAUUAAUUAAUUUAUAAAAAAAUACAAAAAAAUAUUAAUUUAAACCUUAUAUAAAUUAUCAUAAAUUU